CGGAAGCGCGGUGCGUUUAUAGCAACCGCGAGAGGCGGCGAUUAGCGUGUCGGGGAGCGCGGGUGCGUUGCACGGAGGAGAUGUGAGGCAGGGUUGCCUGUUCUCACUUGGCGCAGGAAGGCCGCUUCCAGAAGGUGGGGUACGGUGAAAGGUGGCGAGGCCCGCAAGAAGCUAAAUACCUACGUACAGAUACAAGGAGCGUUAACUACGCGGACCCCGCUAUUGAAGUAAAAGGAAAAACUGAGCGAAAGUUCGCCCGGGCGACCAGAGGCACGCCGUGGACCCACUGGGAACAGGGGAGUAGGAUCUGCCAUCGUCAUGCUGGCGGGUGGCUGCAGGUAGUGUUUAAGUCAUCUUCUGUGAAGAAACCCCUCUUUGUUGAGGCCUGACCGUGGGGAACAACACUUCAGCUUGCAGUCAUGAUGGAGGAGGAUAUGGAAGUGGCCAUUAAGGUGGUGGUGGUUGGUAAUGGAGCUGUUGGCAAAUCAAGUAUGAUCCAGCGUUACUGCAAGGGCAUUUUCACAAAAGAUUACAAAAAGACUAUCGGGGUAGAUUUUCUAGAACGCCAGAUUCAAAUCCAUGAUGAGGAAGUUAGGUUGAUGUUGUGGGAUACUGCAGGUCAAGAGGAGUUUGAUGCCAUAACAAAGGCAUACUACAGAGGUGCCCAGGCCUGUGUGCUGGUGUUUUCAACCACUGACAGGGAAUCUUUUGAAGCCAUUCCAAGCUGGAAAGAGAAGGUAGAAGCUGAAGUUGGUGACAUUCCUACUGUCCUGGUACAGAACAAAAUUGAUCUCCUCGAUGAUUCGGUAAUUAAAAAUGAGGAGGCAGAAGGACUGGCAAAGAAACUAAAAUUAAGAUUUUACCGAGCCUCUGUUAAAGAAGAUUUAAAUGUAAAUGAAGUGUUUAAGUACUUGGCAGACAAGUACCUUCAGCGACUGAAACGGCAAACGGCAGAAGAGCCUGAAAUAGUUCACUCAACCAGCAAUAAAAUAGGUGUGUUUCACUCGCCAAUUGGAAGUCAAGAAUGUCAAAAUUACAGCAACUUUAAUGGCGGAGAAGUCAUUAAUCUUCGACCCAAUAAACAGAGGACCAAGAAAAAUAAAAGCCCUUUCAGCAGCUGCAGCCUUCUUUAGAUUUCCUUUUUUUCUUUUGCAAAAUAAUUGUGGCCUCUGUGAUGCUUCUGGGACAUAAUGGCUACUCCUCUGUGUCGGGGAAACUCGCCAACUUUCUGCUGCUGGUUUAGGAAGCUUUAUCUGUGACUCCAGUGACCACUUGUCCUAUAGCCAUUCUACCUGCGCUUUUAAGUUGUGUGUUUCUCUUCUGUACUACUCCACAUGUUCUUCACUUGACUUUUCAAAGUUAACUCGUUCAGCACCAUUUUACCUUAAAGAAAACACAAAAUCGUUACGAUCAGAACAUCCAUAUGAAUAAUAAUUGGUGUUGGCAGUUAAUAUAAAAAGUGCUUUACUUUGCUUUUUUUAAUCCCACCUCAUAUUCCAUACCGCAUCAAUGGUUUUAUUUUGCUGUUUACUGUAGCCGAUGAAUGUAUAUGGCUAACUUCUUAAAUGUACGCAGUGCCAAAUCAGUCCGGCCUUCGCCUCCAUCUUCAGCCUGUGACACACGUCGUAAUUUUUUUUUUUUCCUCUCCGUCUUUGAUUUUUAUGACGUUUUAAGUUCUGCUGUAUUUUUGUCGGCACAUAAAACACAUUGCAAUUAAUCUGCAGCACUGUUUUCAUUAAAGUAGAUAUUUGGAUGUUUGUGUAUUGCAUAUUGCAGUAUAUGAAGUUUCUACAGUGCAAUAUUUUCCUUUAGUAUGCAAAAGGUGGCCAUUUUUUAUUUCAGUCUAAAUCUGGGGCUGUGAUUUUCAUGCAGCUUUACCAGCUAAAUAAGAAAUGUCUAUUUGGGAACUGGCAAAAAAAAAAAAGCGUCUUAAAGGAAAACUAACCUAACAUCAAGAUAUUUGUAGAUUUGAUGAUUUAAGUCUGUAAUUGAGCUUUAAAAACACAUUGAAUUCAGCAUCUGUGUACACCUUCUCAAGCUGAUAGUAACACCACUACUUGUUGCAUCAUCUUCUGAGGUUUGCAAGUUCCAAAAACAUGACUAGGAAUAUUUGUAAAAUGCCUUGUAAAAUACAUAAGCACACUGAGGGGGGUAUAGCACCAUAACACUUGAACAGGGCAGCAGGGUGAACAGACAGCCAGGCCUUAAAGACCCCUUUAGAUGGGCUGUUUGUGGACACGUGUGACGCGUGCGGAGCAGGCCACUGACACUCCUAACGGACUUUAAAAACCUCUUAACUGCAUGAUCGACCUUAAACAUUGUGUUGGGUUACCUUUUGUUUAUUUAGUGGUUGUAACAAUAAAAUAUUUAAUUAUGAGUAUUUUGCGUUUAAAGUUUAAAGCUGAAUAUAUACUGACCAAGUGUCCAACCUUAUUAUUUUAAUUUUUGUUUCUAGUUCUUUUAAUGUUAACCAUUAUGAUCCAACUACUAAUUUUUCAGUUGUCUUCGCACAUACAAAAAAAGUGUUUAGUAAGUCUUAAGUCAUACACUAAUUUUUUGCCAUUGUUUUCUUGCAAUGUACUUUAAUAUACAAAUUGUAAACUAUUGACAAUGACAUUUUAUUUUUUAAUAAAAAUAGAAAUGUUUGAUUUUAA